AUGCACCACCAUUCUCAUCCAGUAUCUAACAGUAAUGUUCAUCAAGUGCAAGCUCUGGCUGAGACUCCUCAGCUAGAUGAGAUCGAGACAUAUCAACUCAAAUUUGAAAGCCCAAUGAAGCUUAUUGAAAAUCCACCGGAUCUGCAGACUUGGCGCGAGAGAUUGUUUAAUGUUGAUGAGCCUAUUUUCCUCACUGAGGACGAGUUUCAAACGUAUUUCCCUCAUGUCGACAAUGUAUAUUCUCACCGUUCAACUCAAACAUACAAACUGAAGCCGUUUGUGUCUCACUACUGGAAUUGUCGAUUGAAAGGACGCCCGCCUGGUACGGCCAAAUCCCUGGAUCCGGCCAGAAAGAAACGCAGGCGUGUAGCCAGAGAAAGAGAUUUGUGUGGCGUGAAGAUCAAAAUCGUGGAGUAUGAUCGAGGAACUAUUCCUCAAGAACUAGAACAGCAGCACAAAUGUCUGGGGCACCAAACAGUGUCACGUGAUAUGGCAAGUGCAUUUCCUGGCUUGGUUCAAUCUCACACCGGCAUAUGGAUGACGCCAUCGCCCGUAUAUGGUCCACAAGACACUUCAGUAUCAAAAUGGUUCUCUAUACAAAGAAUCAACGGUAAGAAGGAGAAUGGGAAUACUGAUAGUGUACCUGGACCUCACAAACAUUCGAUUGAAGAGAGUGAUCGAAUCAAGAAAAACUCAGUCUUCAGGUUACUCGUAUCAAAGAAUGGAAAGUCUAGGAGAUCCACUCAUCUCACCCCGUUCUUCGCUGCCCGGCUUCUCGGCUCAGUUCGUUUUCCUAUUUUGCUUGCCAGGUCUAUCCAAAGCUAUUGUGACAUUACAAUCACACUUCGCACACUGAUCCGCAAUAUGUCUGACGCUAAUCAUGGCAUGCAGCAGAAGAAGACAUAUGCUCAGAAAGCAACCGGGGAGGCUUUGAGUACGGUCCAGUCGCACUCCUCAGAAACUGCGCUGAAGCUAUAUGGCGCUUGCUUUUGCCCCUUUGUACAACGAGCAUGGAUCGCAUUGGAAAUUAAGCGUGUGCCAUACCAGUAUAUUGAGGUUGAUCCGUAUAAGAAGCCACAAUCAUUACUCGAUAUUAGUCCCAAAGGGCUAGUACCAGCUAUCCGCCAUGGCCCAGAGUGGUCGAUUAACGACAGCGCCAUCAUUAUGGAAUAUCUCGAGGACCUAGGCCAAGGGACGCCUCUUCUUCCGAGCACACCCCAGCAGAAAGCGCAUUCGAGACUUUGGACUUUACACGUCCAUAGUAAGAUUAUACCAGCUUUCUACCGCUACCUUCAGGAGCAAGAUGGUGAGAAGCAGAUUCAAUACGCCAAAGAAUUCAAAGAAACAGUCAUAACUUUGGUCGACGCCGCUGAUCAGCAUGGCCCUUUUUUCCUGGGCCCUGAGAUCUCUUUUGUCGAUGUACAGGUUGCCCCAUGGGUCAUACGAAUGAGGCGAGUGCUGAGUCCAUAUCGAGGUUGGCCAGACCCAGAGCCUGGAACUCGAUAUGCUAGAUGGGUUGAUGCUAUCGAGCAUCAUAAAGCUGUUCAAGCAACGACCAGUACCGAUGAUCUAUAUCUAGACAGCUAUGAAAGAUACGCCGAGAACAGACCAAACACUAGUCAACUUGCAGAUGCAAUCAACACUGGACGAGGGCUUCCAUGA